GGAUUGGUCCAAAUGGACCAAUGAAAGCCGGCGGACCGGAACACAGCACAGCAGCAGAACACAGCAGACGACACGACGUUGCUUUUGAAGAAGUGGAAGCAUCUAGAGUGCUGAAUUUCCAGUACUACCCAUUACAAAUCAUACUUUUUCCGGUCCACCUUUAAGCAGAUCACUCUUCAUCCAAAGUUAUUUUAAGCAUACAGAAGAUAUGCUGAACACAAAAGCACAUAUUAUCCUUGUAGUUUCUUUUCUAUGUCUCUUGACCACUGCGGAGGUAGACAUUGAAAAAGUUAGCCAGAAAGUAUCAGACAAAUAUGUGGAAAAACAAAUAUCAAAGUCCACUGUCCUUCCUCCUUGUCAAGCUUGUAAGGCCUUAGUUGGAUCAUUUUCUAAGGGUAUGGAAAGAACAGCUCGCAAUAAAUUUGAUGGUGGUGAUGCUGCUUGGGAAGAAGAAAAGAUGAAAUCUUACCGAAAUAGUGAAGUUCGAUUGGUGGAAAUCCAAGAAAAAUUGUGCACCGAUCUAGAAAAGGGUGAAGAUCAAUGUCAUAAACUAGUUGAAGAUGCAGAACCAUUUAUUGAAGACUGGUGGUUCAACAAGCAACAGGAUACAGAUUUGUAUGACUUCCUAUGCAUAGAGUCUAUUAAAAGCUGCUGUCCUAGUGAGCACUAUGGGCCUGAGUGCAAACCUUGCCCUGGGUACCCAGACAGAGUUUGCAGUAGCAACGGAAGGUGUAAGGGUAACGGCACUCGUAAAGGAAAUGGGGCAUGCGCUUGUGAUAGUGGGUAUACAGGGUCCCUAUGUGAUUCUUGUGCAGAUGGUUACUAUCAGGCAUAUAAAGAUGACAAAUAUGUUCUUUGCUCUCCUUGUCAUGUGUCAUGCCAAGGGGCUUGUACUCAAGCUGGUCCAAAAGGUUGCUUGGCCUGCAAAAUUGGCUAUAGAAUGGAUGCUGAACAUGGUUGUAUGGAUAUGAAUGAAUGUUCCAUUGAUGACCAUGGGCCUUGUGGGUCAAAUCAAUUUUGUGUUAAUAAUGAUGGGUCUUAUUCGUGUUUGGACUGUGAUCGUGCUUGCAAUGGCUGUGAUGGAGAUGGACCAGACAAUUGCUUUUCCUGUUCAAAAGGUUAUUUUAUGAAUGAACAGAUGUGUGUAGAUGAAGCACAGUAUUCCCGAGAUCGCCAUGUAGUAUUUGCACGGUAUGCUGUGUAUGGUGGGCUCACUAUUGCAACCUGCAUUAUAUUUCAAAACAAUCAAAAGGUUGCAUUUGGUAUUGGUUUGGCAGUUGCCUUGUACAUUGCAGCCUCUGAACAUUUUAUAAGCCAAAGUAAUCAGAACGCAGGUCCUAAGUUACCAAUGGGUGAUGCAAGUAUGUGAUAAUGUAUUGAAUAAUGACUGCACAAACUAUUACUAUAUAACUGAUGUGAUACCUACUGUAUAAGACUUUCUAACAUUGUCCUCCAUUGCUCAUUGAUUUUCCAAUCUUUUGUUUUGUAUUUGUGGGCAUUGAGACUUGUGCUUUUGCUUAAAAAUACUGGUGCAAUGUAUUUCUUAUCUUGAAGAAUAAUUUGGCUAGUGCCAAAAGUCAAUCCAUUGUGUGUUUGGGAAAAAAAGAUGCAACAUGAUUUGUCUCAUCAAACAAAGCUGUAUUUGAGUUCGAAGUCAACACUUUGGGUGAUAUGCAACCACAUUCUGACUGGACCUGGACUAAAUUGCUGAGGUUUAGCUUUUAGCUCUAGAAUUUGUUGCACUCAUAAUUUUAUCUCUGGGUUGCAUGAUGGAAAGUGUGAACCAUAGCAUUAAAACUAGAAUACAGCUUAAACUAGUGUCUAUGAGCGCUUAUGGAGCUGUUGGAUACAGCUGUCUUAUUCUGAUGUUAAUAGAUUUUGUACUCAGUCAUUUUUGCUCAGUGGAGCAAGUUUUUUAAAAUGUUGAAACUUGUUAUUUGUGCCAACCAUAGUGGCCACCGCUCUUAACUGAAUUGGACAAACAUGAUGAAAGGGAGGAGCUUUGUGUAAUGAGUUUGUUCUGACCCUAAAAUAUUUGAACACACCCUGUACUUGCUGGCAUAUUAAGGACAGUCACCUAUGUUGUAAAGUGAAAUAUCUUUUCCUUUUUUUUUUUGAUGUUUUUUCACCUACCUGUAAAUGUAGCUUGGUCAAUGAAAAUGGGAAAUGAAGUCAGUAGUUAAAAGUAAGGAUCAUUUAGAAAUAUUUCCAUUUUGUUUUCUUUUUUAAAAAUGAUCUCAAUAAACAAUUCAUGUAUCAAGAGUA